AACAAACCAUUUCCGAUUACGUCAAAUCCAAUAUGGCGGCGAUCUAGAGUAUCCACGCUGGUUUGUUGAUCAUUCGAUUUCAAACAUUACAGAGGAUUGAUUACGUCUGUUUUCAGCAAAAUGUCACGAAUUAUUGUGAAGAACCUCCCAAAUGGGAUGAAGGAGGAGCGGUUCCGUACGAUGUUCGCUGACUUUGGAACAUUGACGGACUGUGGGUUGAAGUUCACCAAAGACGGGAAGUUUCGCAAGUUCGGUUUCGUGGGUUUCAAGUCGGAAGAGGAUGCAGAAAAGGCUCUGAAGCAUUUCAACAAGAGCUUUGUUGACACGUCAAAAGUGACGGUUGAAUUUUGCAAAGCUUUUGGAGAUCCCAAUAAAGACCGUUCUUGGAGUAAGCACACUCGCCAGCCUUCAGCAGAGAAAGCCAAGGCAGAGGAGAAACAAAAAGAUGAUAAAGCAAAGAAGGAAAAGAAAAAGGAGGUGACCACUUUUCUUGGAGAUCUCCAGAAAGACCAAGGCUUCCAGGAAUUCCUUUCAUUGCAUCAGAACCGCACGCAGGUACCCACAUGGGUCAACGAUGCCAUGGAGAAACCUGCUGUCACUGGAAAAGCAAAGGGGGUUGGGAAAAAAGAAACAAAGAAGUCGAAGUCGGCAGCCACAGACGACUACUUAAACUUUGACUCCGAUGAGUCUGACGAGAUGGACAAUGAAGAGGAGGAUGGUGAGGAGGAGGAGGAUGAGGAGGAAAAGAAGGAUGAAGAUAUGGAACCGGAGAGUGGAGGUGCACCCAAAGAGGCACUCAAGACAGGCCUAUCUGAUAUGGACUACCUGCGCUCUAAGGUGGUGACAAAAUCUGAAAUUGAGGAUGAAGCUGAUGAUGAAGAUGAAAAUACAAAAGAGAUGGUCAAGGAGGAGGAGGGGAGUGGCGAUGAAGACGACAACGAUGAUGGUGAUGAUGAGGAGAAGGACCACACCUUUGUCCGUCAGAAUGACAGUGCUUAUGAGAGUGGGGAGAUGGACAGUGAUAAGAAAGAUCUAAGACUUCAGAUGCAGUCUACCACUGAUUUCACAAUUAAGCUUCGUGGAGUUCCAUACAACGUUACAGAGCAACAAAUCCGUGAGUUUAUGACGCCUUUGAAGCCCGUGGCCAUACGCAUUGGAAAGAACCCAGAGGGACGUAACUCUGGCUAUGUGUAUGUAGAUCUGCGUUCUGAGGACGAGAUAGAGCGGGCUCUCCGGAUGAACAAAGACUAUAUGGGGGGGCGCUAUGUGGAGGUGUUUCGAGUGAAGAAAUACAUCAAGAGAGAGGGGAGGGAGAAUGCUUGGCAGGAGCGGAACUUUGAGAGGCAGCUGAAGGAUGACGAGGAAGAGGAGGAUGUGGCAGAAUCAGGGCGACUCUUCGUCAGGAACCUGCCCUACACCUGCACUGAGGAGGAGCUGACAGAACUGUUCAACAAAGAUGGUCCCCUCGCUGAAGUGAACUUCCCCAUUGACAGCCUGACUAAGAAGCCCAAGGGCUUUGCCUUCAUCUCCUAUAUGAUCCCAGAGAACGCUGUGGCAGCGCUGGCCAAACUUGACGGACACAUCUUUCAAGGCCGUAUGCUACACAUCCUCCCCUCGCGACUGAAGAAAGAGAAGGCUGAUGAAGGCCCCAACGCUUCGGGCUCCUCAUCCUACAAACGACAGAAGGAUGCCAAGGACAAGGCGGCCAGUAGCAGCUCUCAUAACUGGAACGCUCUUUUCCUGGGCACCAGCGCCGUGGCAGAUGCGAUCGCAGAGAAGUACAACACCACCAAAAGCAAAGUGCUGGAUCAUGAGUCAUCAGGCAGCCUUGCCGUAAGGAUGGCCUUGGGUGAGACCCAGAUUGUCCAGGAGACGCGGCAGUUCCUGCUGGAGAAUGGCGUGAGCCUGGACGCCUUCAGUCAGGCGUCUGGAGCACGCAGUAACUCGGUUAUCCUUGUGAAGAACCUUCCGUCUGGGGUGGAGGGGUCUGAGCUAGAGGCCCUGUUCUCUCCUUUUGGCUCCCUGGGAAGGGUCCUGCUUCCCUCCUCUGGUCUGACGGCCAUCAUUGAGUUCCUGGAGCCCACCGAGGCCAAGAAGGCCUUCACCAGACUGGCCUACAGCAAGUUCCAGCAUGUUCCACUGUAUCUGGAGUGGGCGCCCACAGCCGUCUUCACAACCCCGGCGCAGGCCAGGACAAAGAAAGCUCCAGCAGAUGUUCAGUCCCCAGCCAAAUCCUCUGCGCCUGAGCAGAGUGCUGAGAAAAAGGGGUCUGGGAAUGAAGAAAAGGAGGAGGAAGAAGAAGAAGAGGAGGAGGAGGAGGAGGAGAGCAUCCCAGGUGCCACGCUCUUCAUCAAGAACCUCAACUUCAGCACAACGGAGGAGGCCCUACGGCAGACGUUCACCAAAUGUGGAGAGGUAAAAAGCUGUACUAUCUCCAAGAAGAAAGAUAAGACAGGUAAACUGUUAUCGAUGGGCUACGGCUUUGUGGAGUAUCGUAAGCCGGAGGCUGCUCAGAAAGCCAUGAGACAACUGCAGCACUGCAAAAUGGAUGAGCACCAGCUUGAGCUGAAGGUGUCGGAGAGAGCCACCAAAUCAGGUGCUGUGAGCUCUCGGAAAAAGCAGAGCACCAAAAAGCAAACCACCUCCAAAAUCCUGGUGCGCAACAUCCCCUUCCAGGCAACAGUGAGGGAGCUGCGGGAGCUGUUCUGCACGUUUGGCGAGCUGAAGACCGUCCGCUUGCCCAAGAAGGCCAGCGGCACUGGAUCCCACCGUGGCUUUGGCUUCGUGGACUUCAUCACCAAACAGGACGCCAAAAAAGCAUUCAUGGCCCUGUGCCACAGCACCCAUCUGUACGGCAGACGUCUGGUGCUGGAGUGGGCCGACUCUGAUGACACCGUAGACACCCUACGCAGGAAGACGGCACAGCACUUCCACGACGCCCCGAAGAAGAGGAAGCAGUCAGAGGUGAUGGAGGGUAUAAUGGAGAAGAUGGAAGCAGGAGGAGAGGAGGAGGAGGACGAUUGAGAGACCGAGAGAGAGAGAGAGAGAGAGGGGUGACGAUCAGGACUGAGCAACAGGAGCCUGUAUGGCCCCGGUGGUGACUAGAAGACUGGUGUCCACAGUGGUGUCCACAGGUGCUCUUGUUGGUCCAUCUAUGAGGUUUGGAGAGGCGGCCAUUUUCUUUUCACUUCGAACUGUCAACGAGGGACUUGGACAGGGGUGGCCCCAAAGUCUGGGACAGGAUGGACACUCUCUAUGGGGUCUCCCUUGCUGAAAGACCAGAUCAUCAUCAUCAUCAUCAAACUAAGAGGAAGGGUGGGCCUGUGAGAACAUGGCUAAUGAGAGACUGAUGAAGGGCACAAGUUUAGCUCGACAAGAAUGUUUGUGCUUUGGGCUGGAUAUAAUGCAUCCCAUUAGUUGAUCCUCUUAGGUAAGGAUUCCGAUCAUACACCUAAUGCAUUUUGUGGACAUUUGAUAUGGGAAGCUUUUCAUAUUUUUUAUGGCACAGCUUAUUAAAAUGUAUAUUGUUUAAUGUAAACCUAAAGAAAUGGUUUGGAUAAGA